AUGUCAGUACUUCUAUACUUUCUAGAUGAUAUACCAGUACUUCCAUUACUUCUAAAGGUUAUACCAGUACUUCUACACCUUCUAGAGGAUAUACCAGUGCUUCCAUACAUUAUAGAGGAUAUAGCAGUACUUCUACACCUUCUUGAUAAUAUAACUGUACUUUCACACCAUCUAGAUGAUAUACCAGUACUCCUUUACCUUCUAGAUGAUAUACCAAUGAUAAACCAGUACGUCCACACCUUCAGGAUGAUAAACCAGUACUUUUACAUCAUCAAGAGGAUAUACCAGUACUUUAAAUACCUUAUAGAUGAUCUACAAGUACUUCCAUAUAUUCUAGAGGAUAUGCCAGUACUACCAUAUCACCUAGAUGAUAUACCAAUACUUUCAUACCUUCUAGAAGAUAUACCAGUACCUUUAUACCUUCUAGUGGAUAUACCAGUACCUUUAUACCUUCUAGAGGAUAUACCAGUACCUUUAUACCUUCUAGAGGAUAUACCAGUACCUUUAUACCUUCUAGUGAAUAUACCAGUACGAAUAUCCCUUCUAGGUGAUAUACCAUAA